AUGGAUUUUUUUAAACCAGAAACUGUUCUAAAUUUGCAGAACAUUAGAGAUGAGCUCGUGAAGAUGGAAGAUACGAUCAUCUUCAAUUUCAUUGAGAGAUCACACUUUGCCACAUGUCCCAGUGUGUACCAAAACAAAGAUCCAUUAGUGAAUCUUCCUGACUUUGAUGGUAGUUUCUUAGAUUGGGCCUUAAUGCAUUUGGAAAUUGUGCAUUCUCAAUUGAGACGGUUUGAGUCACCGGACGAAACACCCUUCUUUCCAGAUAAAAUUCUCAAGCCAAUCAUUCCUAGCUUGAACUACCCCAAGAUUCUGGCGUCCUAUUCGAGUCAAAUAAACUAUAAUGAUAAAAUCAAGAAGAUUUACAUCGAAACUAUUGUACCCUUGAUAUCCAAGAGAGAGGGAAACACAUCUGAGAAUUUUGGGAGUGUGGCUACGAGGGAUAUCGAAACCUUGCAUGCUCUAAGCAGAAGGAUUCACUUUGGUAAAUUUGUAGCUGAAGCAAAGUUUCAAAGUGAAAAGGAAAAAUACACUGAGCUUAUCCGUAACAAAGAUACAGAAGGAAUUAUGAAGGCUAUCACUAACUCUGAAGUAGAGGAGAAAAUUUUGAAAAGACUACAAGUCAAAGCCGAAGUCUAUGGUGUUGACCCUACUAAUGCACAGGGUGAUAAAAAGAUCACACCUGAGUAUUUGGUUAGGAUUUAUAAAGAAAUAGUUAUCCCCAUUACAAAAGAGGUAGAAGUCGAAUAUCUUUUGAGGAGGUUGGAGGAUGAAGAGAAAUGA